UUUUGCAGGUACUUGCUGAUGGAACUAUUUGGCUUGAAAGCAUGACAGUGGAAGACCCAAAGAUGGUCACCGAGUGAGCAAAGGACUUCCAUCCAUCCAUGGGCUGGGAAGCACCACCUCUCCACAUCCUUCUGUUCCCUCUCAUGUCCCCCGGCCACACACUUCCCAUGGUCGAUUUGGCCAAGCUCCUGGCCGCGCGUGGCGUCAGAACCACCAUACUCACUACCCCAGCCAAUGCGCCGUCCCUGGAAGCUGCCAUCGAACUGGCCCAACGCUCCUACCAAUACCCCAUUGAACUCCAUGUCAUCCCCUUCCCCUCGACCGCCGUCGGCCUACCCGAGGGUUGCGAGAACGCCUCCUCCGUCCCGUAUCACCAACAUCCCACCUUCAUGACCGGCGUCACCAUGCUCCAAGAACCCUUCCGCCGCGUCCUCACGGAACUUCUCCCUGACGCCGCCAUAACCGACUGGUUCCUCCCAUGGACUUUUAACAUCUCUGAGGAGCUCAACAUUCCACGCCUGGUCUUCCAUGGCAUCAGUUUCUUCGCCCUUUGCGCCCACGCAAGCCUACUCUUCGAGCAGCUGCCCACCGACGAAGAUACCAUCACCAUUCCCAACUUUCCUCGCCGUGUCGAGCUGCAACGGUCGCAGAUGCCUGACGAGACACAGAUGCAUCCCGUUUUCACGGAAAUUAUACAUCAGAUUGCAGAGUGGGAGCCGAAGAGCUACGGGGUGGUGGUGAACAGCUUCUACGAGCUGGAGGCGGAGUUUGCGGACCACUUGAGGAACGUGCUGGGGCAGAAGGCAUGGCACGUCGGCCCCGUGUCCCUGUGCAACGCGCGAGCGGAGCAGCAGUCGCGCAGAGGAAACAAACCCGCCAUCGACGGAGAGGAGUGCCUCAAAUGGCUGGGUGAGAAGGAGGCCGGAUCCGUGCUGUACGUAUGUUUCGGGAGCAUGGGCACGUUCACGGAGGCCCAGUUCCGCGAGCUAGCUUUGGGCCUCGAGGCCUCCGGCCGCCCGUUCAUUUGGGCGGUCAAGAAAUGCCGCGACGAAUGGUGGCCGGAGCGGUUCAUGGCGAGGAUGGAGGGAAGGUGCCUGAUCCUGAGAGGCUGGGCGCCGCAGAUCCUAAUACUGAACCACGCGGCCGUAGGCGGCUUCGUGACGCACUGCGGUUGGAACUCGAGCCUGGAGGCCGUCACCGCCGGCGUGCCCAUGGUCACCUGGCCGUUCUUCGCGGAGCAAUUUUUCAACGAGAAAUUGCUCGUUGAGGUGCUCAAGAUCGGGGUGGCCAUCGGAGCGAAGCAGCACACGGUGGUCCCAGAACAGAGACCCUUGAUCACAGCAGCAGAGAUAGAGAGGACGGUAAGGCGUCUGAUGGAUGACGGUGAGGAAGCAAACAUGAUGAGGUCGAGGGCGAGGGAGUUGUCGUUCAUGGCAAAGAGCGCCGUCGACGAGGGUGGCUCGUCUUACAUUGAUACGCAAAACUUGAUCCAAGAAUUAACCAACAGACGGACGAUGCCAAACUCGAAAUCCCAGUAGGAGUCCGCUACGUUAGCUGUUAUUGUGAUUGCUAAUCUUGGUGUUAUUAUAUUAUGCGUGCAUGCAUAUGAUAUCUCUACUGUUACAACUUUCUGUUACAGUCGAGGCCACGUUUGCGAAGGGAUUUAGUCAAAUAAAAAAGACAUGGAUCUCUGUGAUGUGAUCA